AUGAAAGCCGUGUACGUUCUUGCUAUUGCGCUGUGCCUUGCUGUGGCCACACAGGCAGCUCCUCAACUACCCCUAACCCUGCUUAGUACGUUGUCGCAGACGAUUACAAAAUUGGUAACGCAAAUCACGACACUGCUGAACAAUGUCCUUACCGCGGCCGGAACAACCACUCAAUCUGCACUGUCUUCAGUAGUAGCGAACGCACUGUCCCUGCUGUACGGAUUGGCCAACGCCACACUCUCGCUGUUCACCGUUCCACAAGCGGCACUGACCGCCGUUAACUCGUUGCUGACGAAUGCUGUGGGACAAAUCAUACCUAUCGUAAGGGAUGCUGGAACUACUCUAGCGACAUUGGUGCCAGCCCUCGGAAACGUGCAGACCAUUCUGUCCACGCUCGUUGGCAACCUUGGUGCGCUCAACCAGUCGGGUCUUGCGCCACUACAGGCCACGCUGACCCAGUUGGCCAACACUCUUGGCUCUGCUGUAACUCAAAUUUCGGGUUAA